UCCAAAAUGGCAGCACCCUUGAGGACGUUUUGUACUACAGUGUGGAGGCAGUCUAUACGCCCGUUUUCACUGUCGUGUGUGACCCAUGCAGGAAAGAAAUGGAGACUAGAAAAUGGUUUAGCGCGCAGCGGAUCAGAGUAUGGACCACUAACAGAUCUGCCUGACUGGUCAUUUGCUGAUGGAAGGCCUGCUCCUCCACUGAAAGGACAGAUCAGAAGACAAAAGCAGAGAGAGGAGUUUGCGAGAAGAGCGGUGUAUCUCAAUGCAGAGGUGGAUAAAGGGAUGGAGCGGUGGCAGGAGAAAAAGGAAGAGGAGAGUCUGAAAGAAGAACAGUUGAAAUCUUUAAUGCUGAAACCUAAAGGAAAUGUACUAUUAAACAACAAAAAAUAAAGACAUUUGA